AUGGCGGAAAAAAUAAGUAGUCUCUUCAAAGAAAUUUCUCUUUCAAAGCCCAAUCUAACAAGAUGGAAAGAAAUAAGUGUCAAUACAGGGGCAUCAACAAAUACUCUACAGGAUAUAAAGGUGUCAGAAAGUUGUGGUGGAUACGCUUAUGAAGAAAGUGGAGAGAGUGAUUCGCCAGUCAGAAAUCGUUACAUUUAUUGGCGAUCUUACAAUGAUGUCUUAGAAUUAGUAGAAGACUCUCUGGAUUUGAAUCUAUGUGGUAAUUAUAUAAGAUACAGAUUUCAAUCUACACCAAUACUUGAUGGGUUAACAGUUCAUGAGGUGGAUGAUCAUGUUGUUAUAUUGGUUGCCACAGUUUCUAGUGUUCACCGUUUAGUGUUUCCUCAUCCAGACUGCAGACAGGAAGCAAGUUACAAGAGUGAAGCACGAACACCAUCAAUAUUCUAUGAUGUAUCGUACGUUAAUACAACAGAUUCUAGAAAUAUGUUCCUGAUAAAUCCCAGUUCCACAAUAACAACCCAUCUAACCACAGCUGCCACUUAUCUAGACAGUAGUGGUGAUGCUUUAUUUUGUCUCUCAGCUGAUACAGGUGGCACUAUACUGGUUAGAAUGCCACAGCCUGGAAGUCAAGAUACAGUGUCACAGAAUGACUUGUACCAAUCAUCUAUGAUGAAAAAACUGUGGUCUGGUUGGGUUCCAACUAUGAUAAGGGGAAAACAGAUCAGUCCUGAAACACCUUAUGAUAUGGUUAUACAUACUUUAAAAGGAGAAGCUCAAAUUUAUACCAUUUGUCAUGAUCAUCAUCUUAGAAUGUGGUCUACUAAGACUCGAGAAUGUGUUUUAGCUCGUAAUUUAUUAGAUUGGGUUCCUUCUGCAUCACAGCCAACAAUUACAAUAGGAAGUUCAGGUCAUAAGAUUAAAAGCUUUUUCUCUGUCAAUGUAACUUCAAUGAGACUCUGUGUACAUCUGAAUUUUAAUGACAAAAAUUGUUUUGUAUUAGUUGAACCAACAUUUGAAAAUGGACGUUUCCAUUUUACACAUCUUACUACUGUAUUUGCUCCUCAUGAAGAUUUAGUAGACUACUCUAUAACUAGUGAUACAUUAUUUACAUUAUGGACUAGUUCUUCAGGAGAAUCAACUGGUAGAGUCUAUCAAUUAUCAGGAGAUACAGAGCAAUGGAUAGAUGUGAUACUAGAUCAACCAGAAUCAACUGAUGUUUGUUUACCACAUCAUAUAGAUCCUAGAGACUUUUUCUUACAAAAAAUCUUUCAUCCUGGUCAUUUUACAGUCAAACACAUCCUAAAAGCCUUGAAUGUCUAUAGACGUUCAGUAGACUCUCAUAUCCAGGCUGACAGUGCUAUUAAUAUUAGUGAUUUAAAGGAAGAAGUGACUAAUGCGAUUGAGACUGAAAUACGUAAUUGUGCUAUGGACUAUGAGAUACAGGAAGAUGAUUAUUGUCAAAUACAGCUUGAACAAUGGUCUAAAUUUUAUUCCUGUUGUUUACAAUAUAAAGAGGUUGGUUGUAAAAUGAAAGGUUUAUUUAGUGAUAAUGUUACAGGGCUGGUUGGUCUCAUUAAAAAGGAAUCAUUAAGUUUUCUGCGACCAUGUGAUAGAUUAGAAGAGGUGGUAUAUUUAUCUGAUCAACAGUUACCACAUUUAGAUCUUGAUGUACAGAAUGAAGAGGAAGCCUUUUCUCUACACCAAGAUAUCAAGAGAUUAUGUGAUUGUAUUAGUAAAGUAAAUCAAGAUAUAUCUAGUGAACAUUCUGUACAGUUUCAUUCUCAAUUAUUAUUACUAUCAUCACCACAGGAACUGGCUCAUCAUCUUGUGGAUAUCUUAUACUUUACUGAUGGUGUCUCUACUACAAAUUGUCAACUACUAGGUCUUCGAAUACAGGAAAUAAAGAACUUGAAUAUUGCCAUGGAAACCCUUAUACGUCUGUUAGAUUUAAACCAAGCAGAAACAGAUGGCCAUAUUUUAAUGGAGGAGUCUGGGAUAGAUGGUAGAAAACAGGCUAUAUGUGGUAGAUUAUUUUGUAGUCAGACUGGUACAGCUGUGUUGUUAAAAUGUUUACAACAGUUUUCAUCAAACCGACUGAUAUUUUGUCGUAAUUUUAUACUACUAGCUGAUUUAUUGAUCAAAUUAAGUCAACAGCAUCUAUAUGGAGUAGAUUUUGAUACAUCAAUGAAUAUUCGUACUAAUUUAUUACCUGGAUUAACUACUUUAAUACGGAAUUAUCUGGUAUUAAAUGAAUUUAGUCAUGUAGUAGCUACACCAACUCCAAAUACUACAUUAGAGUUUAAUUUACGUCAGUUAUCUGUAUUAGAAAUAUCUGAUACUACUCGUCUCAAUACUAAUAGAGGAUCUCUGUAUUCCACAUUAUUAGAGAUAUUUUUAAAUGGUACAGGUGGAAGUUACUCUAGAACACUAUUAGCUCAAAGUUAUUUAGUUAAUGUAGAAACUUCAUCUAUUUGGCUUGAUUUAUUAUUACCAUUAUCAAAUAUACUAGCCAGAAUACUCUGGCCAAUGAGUGAAGAGUUUGUAUUUCCUGAGUUUUUGAUUGGUUCAUGUCAGUAUCUAUGGUUACAAGAAUAUAUACGUCAAACUGAUACAUGGUGUAGUAAGAAUAUUUCAGCUAGACAAUUUCUACUUGGUUUAACAUAUUUACAUUUUGAUGAACCCUAUAAAGCUUCAGAAUGUUUUGUACGAGCUGGUCAAGAUGUAGCUAAUGAUGAUUUUCUGUGUCAAAAACUUAUCAAAAUAGAAGGUGAUGAAGAAAAUAAUAGUUCUAUAGAAGUACUGUAUUAUUUGAAGGUGAUUCGACAGUUUGAAGAGUUUGGUUUAUAUGAUCUAGUUAUUUAUCUAGCUGAUUUAGCUAUCACUGUAGCCAAAGAUAAUGAUCCCAACGUGCCAACGCUAUGGUCCAAGAAAUUUAAGUAUCAUUUAGAAUUGAAUCACAAUGAAGAAGCUUAUAAUGCUAUGAUAGGCAACCCUGAACCCAGUCGACGUAAAGAUUGUUUACGCCAGUUAUUAAUUGUACUAUGUGAGAGAGGGGAACUCAAAACACUGGUUGAUUUCCCGUUUAUAGAUUUAAAUGAAGAGGUAGUGAAUAUAUUAGAAAGCCGAGCUAGAUCAGUUGAUUUAACUACACAUAAUUAUUAUAAUUUACUCUACUCCUUCCAUGUUGAUAGAAAUAACUAUAGGAAAGCUGGUUGUAUAAUGUAUGAAUAUGGUAUGAGAUUAGGUAGAGAGGUACCAGGUUUAAAAGGUUUACAACGUCAAGCUCAAUGUUAUCUUGCCACAUUGAAUGCUUUACGUCUUGGUAAACCAGAAUACGCCUGGAUUGUUAAACCUGUAACUCACUCUAAAAAUGAUACCAGUGAAAUGUUAUCUGUAAAUAAACAUGAUCUAGAAGGGGAAGAGAAAAACCAUAAAGUAGAAAAGAAAGUUGAAAUAUUAGAAGUAGAAGAUAUUGAGAGAGAAUAUAUGUUAAUUGAUGCUAGACUCAGAUUAAUCAGAAAAACAGAAGAUCCUACACUUAUGUCAGGACCAACGCCAAGAGCAGAAGAAAUGGUCGGCCAUCUUGUAAAUUCAGGAUUUUUUGAUAGAGCUAUCAUAGUUUGUAGAAGAUUUGACCUGCCUCUCAAUUCAGUGUUUGAAAAUCUAGCUUUAAGAUGUGUAAAUCUGUCUCAAUCCAGUCUAAAUAUAGAACAAGAUGUAACAUCAGAAGCUUGGGACUGGUUAAAAGAAAAUUAUUCUGUAUCUGGUGCUCCUACUAGAGAGGCAAGCUGUGUAGAUCAAGCAUGGUGGUUAUUACAAUAUUAUAUAGAAUGUUAUGAAUGUAAGAAUGGUAAAUAUCAUCGGUGUAUUGCUGAAAGACUUUUAUCUCAUGGUUUCUCUUUACCAACCUGGUUCCUUAACUCAUAUAGAUCAAUCAAUGCAUCUGAACUGUUACGUCUGUAUAUAAACUAUGAUCUAUUAGAAGAUGCAGGAGAUCUGGUAUUAGAGUAUGUUGAAGCUAUGUUAGAAUCAUUGAGUGGAUCAACUAGUAACAGAUAUAAUAUUAAGGGUUGUGUACAUCCUCAUACUGGUAUUGUUUGGUUACCAUAUACUUCUAUAGAUCAACUUCUAGUAGCUUUACAACCUCAACAAAAUCAUACACAUAAAAAGCUGUAUCAAGAUUUAAAAGAAAGAAUGGAUUAUUAUAUGUGUAAAAUAUCUAACUUAUCAAAGGAAAUAGAAUCAUUCUGAAAGACCAGGCACUGGGAUGUUGUUUCAUAAUCAUGAAAAAAUCGUAUUGAAAAAAUGGUUGAACAUUCCAACCCAUCAGAGAAUGAGGAAGAUUGUUGAGAUUCGGAUGUGUCAAUUACGCAGUUAAAUAAUAGACAACAAUUCUAAAAAAAAAAACAUGACAUUUGUUUUGAAAAUACACUCCAUAUUAUAUUUUUGUACAGAACAAUUGAAAUUAAUCAUGAAAUGAAUAAAAAUAUAUUUGCAUACAAUAUU